GCUGUGGUGUCAUAGGAACCUGGAAGAGCCUUAGGGUUGCCCCCGAUAGAAGGCUCAGCCAGGCUCCUGAGGGCAUGGUCUGCACAGCCCAGGGAGGGUGCGGUUGGCAAAGCGUGGAAAACCCAGCUGUGGGGCAGUGCUGGCUUGGCCUUGCCUGUGAUGCAAGCCCUUGUGCCCACACCACAUCCUUCCUGUGCCUGCAGGCCUGGGCCGUGAUAAAUCUGUGUCAUUUCCUCCCUGCUGUCCCUCAGCCUGGUGUCGGGGCACCUUCUCCAUGACGCAGGACACUCCUGGUACAGGCUCGCUUCCUGGAUCUUGCUAAAUUGCUAAGUUGCCCAGGGUGGGCUCACACUUGCCAUCCUCCUGCCUCAGCCUCCUGAGUGCUGGGACACAGCUGAGUGGGGACUCUGAAAGACGCUCCUUGCCCGGAUGCCUGGGACCUGGCGUGGCCCUGAGCCUUGUUGAGGAACAUGGCCAGCACCCGCUGUAAGCUGGCCAGCUACCUGGAGGACCUGGACCACGUGGACUUCAAGAAAUUCAAGAUGUACUUGGAGGACUACCCCCCGCAGGAAGGAUGCAUCCCGCUCCCGAGGGGCCAGACAGAGCGGGCAGACCACAUGGACCUGGCCACCGCCAUGAUCGACUUCAAUGGGGAGGAGCGUGCGUGGGCCAUGGCCGUGUGGAUCUUCGGCGCCAUCAACAGGAGAGACCUGCAGGAGAAGGCGAGGCGGGAGCAGCCGCAGUGGGAGAGCCCCGCAGUGGAGUGCCGGGAAGACAGCCUUGAGGAAGAGUGGAUGGGCCUCCUGGGCUUCCUUUCCAGAUUCUCCAUUUGUAGAAAGAAGAAGGAUUUCGCCAGGACAUACAGACGACACGUGAGAAGCAGGUUCCACUGCAUCGAGGACCGGAACGCGCGCCUGGGGGAGAGCGUGAACCUCAACAAGCGCUACACGCGCCUGCAGCUGGUCCGGGAGCACCCCAGCCGGCAGGAGCGGGAGCGGGAGCUGCUGGCCAUGGGCGGGAGCAGGCUGCAGGACGGCUCCCAGGGCCCCCUGAGGCUGGAGUCGCUGUUCGAUACGGACCCUGAGGACAAGUCCCCAGAGCCCGUGCGCACGGUGGUGGUGCAGGGCGUGGCCGGCAUUGGGAAGACCAUCCUGGCCCGGAAGAUCAUGCUGGACUGGGCCUCGGGGAAGCUCUUCCAGGAUAAGUUCGACUACCUGUUCUACAUCCACUGCCGCGAGGUGAGUCUGGACGCGCCCAGGAGCCUGGGGGACCUGAUCGCCAGCUGCUGCCCCAACCCCUGCGCCCCCCUGCGCAGCAUCGUGUGCGGGGCCUCCAGGGUCCUGUUCCUCAUGGACGGCUUCGACGAGCUGCAGGGCGCCUUUGACGAGUACGCCGAGGCGCUGUGCACAGACUGGCGGGUGGCCGUGCGGGGGGACGUGCUGCUGGGCAGCCUCAUCCGGAAGAGGCUGCUGCCCGAGGCCUCGCUGCUCAUCACCACGCGGCCAGCUGCCCUCGAAAAGCUUCAGCACCUGCUGGAGCGGCCGCGCCACGUGGAGGUCCUGGGCUUCUCUGAGGCCCGGCGGAGGGAGUACUUCUUAAAGUACUUCUCCAGCGAGGCGCAGGCCCGCGCGGCCCUCACGCUGAUCCAAGAGAACGAGGUGCUGUUCACCAUGUGCUUCAUCCCCCUCGUCUGCUGGAUCGUGUGCACCGGGCUCAAGCAGUGCAUGGACAGCGGCGAGAGCCUGGCGCAGACCUCCAAGACCACCACGGCCGUGUACGUCUUCUUCCUGUCCUGCCUGCUGCAGGCCCAGGGCGGAGCCCACGAGCGCCAGCUCUCUGAGCACCAGCUCUCGGCACACCUCCGCGGGCUCUGCUCGCUGGCCGCCGCUGGCAUCUGGAACCAGAAGGUCCUGUUCGAGGAGGGCGACCUCAGGAACCACGGCCUGCAGGAGGGGGCCGUGUCCGCCUUCCUGAGGAUGAGCCUGUUCCAGAAGGGGGUGGACUGCGAGAAGCUCUACAGCUUCAUCCACAUGACUUUCCAGGAGUUCUUUGCUGCCAUGUACUACGUGCUGGAGGAGGAGGAAGAGGCGGGGCUGGCGGGGAGCCAGGAGGUGCUGCCCCACCGGGACGUGGCCAUCCUCCUGGAAAACUACGGCAAGUUUGAGAAGGGCUACCUGAUUUUUGUGGUUCGCUUCCUCUUCGGCCUCGUCAACCAGGAGAGGACGUCCUACUUGGAGAGGAGGCUGAGCUGCAGAGUGUCCCAGCAGAUCAGGGCGGCCCUGCUGAGGUGGAUUGAGGCCAAGGCCAAGGCCAAGAAGCUGCAGGCCCAGCCCAGCCAGCUGGAGCUCUUCUACUGCCUGUACGAGAUGCAGGAGGAGGCCUUCGUCCGCAGGGCCAUGGGCCACUUCCCCAAGAUCGAGGUCAACCUCUCCACGCGCAUGGACCACGUGGUGUCAUCCUUCUGCAUCAGGAACUGCCGCAGCGUGCAGACGCUUUCCCUGGGCUUUCAGCACAACUCGCCCAAGGAGGAGGAGGAGGAGGAGGUGGAAGAAGGCAUGGGCCCCCCGGUGGCCGGGGCUCGCAGGUCGCCGACCUGCUACCUGACCCCCAGCUCCUGCCGGGGCCUCUUCUCAGCCCUGAGUGCCGCGCGGGCCCUCACGGAGCUGGACCUCAGCGACAACAUCCUGGGGGACCUGGGAAUGUGCGUGCUGUGCGAGACGCUGCGGAGCCCGGGCUGCAGCAUCCGGAAGCUGUGGUUGGGGCGCUGCGGCCUCUCCCACCAGUGCUGCUCCGACCUCUCCUCCGUCCUGAGCAGCAGCCGGAAGCUGGUUGAGCUGGACCUCAGCGACAACCCCCUGGGAGACUUCGGGGCCUGCCUCCUGUGCCAGGGCCUGGCAUACCCUGGCUGUGCCCUUGGCAAGCUCUGGCUGGUGAGCUGCUGCCUCACGUCUGCGUGCUGUGAGGACCUCGCCUCGGCGCUCACCGCCAGCUGCUCGCUGACCAGACUCUACGUCGGGGAGAACGCCCUGGGUGACGAGGGGGUUGGCGCUCUGUGUGACAAGGCCCGGUGGCCGGAGAGUCACCUGCAGAAGCUCGGCUUGGUGAACUCUGGCCUCACGUCCGUGGGUUGCUCAGCACUGGCCUCGGUGCUCAAGACCACUCGGAGCCUCACACACCUGUACCUGCGGGGCAACGCGCUUGGCAACGCAGGGCUCAAGCUGCUCUGUGAGGGGCUCCUGCACCCCAGCUGCAAGCUUCAGAUGCUGGAGUUGGACAACUGCAGCCUCACCUCACACAGCUGCUGGGACCUCUCCACGGUUGUGACCUCCAGCCGGAGCCUGCGGAAGCUGAGCCUCAGCAACAACGACCUAGGCGACCUGGGCGUCAUGAUGCUCUGUGAGGUCCUGAGGCAGGGGGCCUGCGUCCUGCAGAGCCUGCACUUGAAUGAAAUGUAUUUCAACUACGAGACCCGGCGUGCUCUGGAAACACUGCGGGAGGAGAAGCCUGAGCUGACCCUGGUCUUCGAGCCUUCGUGGUAGGGGAGGAGCGGGACCCCCAGCCCGCCUCUGACAGCUCUGCAGUGCUGCUGGCCCUGCCGGGUCGGGGGCAGACGCUUCUGAUGCCCCCACAGGGGUGGGGACCCGGCGGCUCUGGCCCACCCUGGGUGGAGAUGGCAGGAAGAGUGCUCACCCGAGAUGCUGUCCCAGGGCACCUGCUCGGCAGGACCUCUGCAGCCGACUUGGCGGGAGGCCCUGCCCCUGCCCUCCCUCCCCGCAGGCCGCUCUCCCUGGCUUCCCCUUAUUUAUUCCACUUUGUCCCCAUCACCGUUCCCGGCUCGGUUAACUGACUGCAGCACAGUCCUGGACCCUGUGCUGUGUUGCAGUUUUGUGGCAGCUACUUAUUUAUUGCUGUAACAAUUAUGUUUUCUAAUAAAACACUUCAUGCUUAUUUUAGCUCACUGAAAAUUAAGAAAUAUAUAAAAACACUUGCUGGUAUUGAUCAA